AUGUCGUCCAACGACCUGAGGGAGGAAGCUCUCUCGACAGAGAAGACCCGGCCCCUGAAGCACGUCCAGAGUCCUGGCGUGGUUGAGACAAUGGAGCGGGUGGAAGAGCCAAAGAAAACCCUGUGGGAGAAAGUGAAAACGCCCGGCUCGGUAUACCAGAUUCUUAUCUCUGCUGCCAUCGCCAUCGCGGUCGGUUUCGCUGUGAACACAACGGUGGACAAAGUGCCUGUUGCCGCUGUCGAUCUCUGCGGCAUUCCUGGCCGAAUCUGGUUGCGCGCUCUCAAAGCUAUUGUCCUACCGUUGAUCGUGGUCUCUCUGAUCCUGGCCGUUCAGCGGCUGCGGGAGAUGUCGCGCGGUGGAGCACUUCUAGCUCGCUGGACUAUUGGAUACUACCUUUUUACCACGCUGGUCGCAAUCAUGCACAGCACAAUCCUCGUGGCAUUGAUCUGGAGCAAGCAGUUUUCCGAGGUCGACCCUGAAUCGCGCACUGUCGAUAAGGACCUGCAAAAAGACAUCGACUCACGUUCCGCCUACCAGGCGCAUGAUAUUGUCGUCGAGCUCUUCGACACCCUUGUGCCGGACAACAUUGUCGCCGCGUUUGCAAACAACAUCCUCCUUGGUGUUCUCGUGGCGUCCAUUAUUCUUGGCUAUAUGAUUAAGGACCCUGCCACCUCGUCGAUCCUGCGGGUCGUAAGGGAGAUUGAAGGUCUCAUCACCGUCGCCAUCACUUUCCUUAUCAACAUGGCACCGAUUGGGAUUUUCUUCCUGAUCAUGCCGAACCUGUUCAAGCUCGAUAUCAAGGAGGUCGGCAUCAAUUUGGGUCUGUUGAUAGGAGCUGGUCUCUCCGGCAUGGCCAUUCAACUGGUUAUUGGGGAAUCCUUUCACAUACUGGUUCCGCAAUUCUCCGGCGUGGAUUACCGCGUGGGGCACGGCAUCGUCCGCAGCACAAUGCCGGUGACACUCAAAUGUCUUCAAGCUCGUGGGGUGCCAGACACUAUCGCCAAGUUUGCAAUUCCGCUUGGUACCUUGGUAAAUAUGGACGGAACCGCCAUAUACCUCCCAAUAACUGUAACUUUCCUCGCCGCGACUCAGGGCCAGGUCAUCACUCCUGGCCAGUACGUGGUAGUGUUCCUGACUUCGACGCUCGCAUCGAUAGGAACCACCCCAAUCCCCAGUGCCUCCCUUGUUCUCAUUAUCAUGAUCGCCAACAGCAUCAACGUUCAGGUGACGGGUAUGUACGGAGUGAUCACUGCCAUUGACUGGUUUAUGGACCGUUUUCGAACUAUGGUUAAUGUCACUGGAGAUCUUUACGGUGCUGCCAUUGUCACCAAGAUCACAGGCAUCAGAGACCCGAUUGUUGGCGCUGAUGGGACUAUAAUAGAGACGAUUGACGAAGAUGAAAAUGGAAAGCGAAACAGCCAAGUUUAA